AAGGAAGGAAAUAAGUAAGGAAGGAGGGAAAGAGGGAGGGAGGUGAGGUGUUGUCGCCGUUGGCUCACUGCUCCGCGCUCCGCAGCCGGUGCGGAGGAGGGGACAGCCCCUGUCAGGCGUCCCGGCAUGCUGAAAGUCACCAUGCCCUCCUCAUCCUCAUCCUCCUCGUCCUCCUCGUCCUCGUCCUCCGGCUCCUCGGCCGGCGGCCGCCCUGGCUCCGCCGCGCCCGACUACUGGAUCGAUGGCUCCAACAAGGACACCCUGGCUCACUAUUUCGAGCUGGAGUCCGAGCUGGGACGCACCGGUAGACCCUGCGCUGACAAAACUCCUACCCAAAACAGGAGUCCCUGGAUAGGCCUCUGCCAGCAGAGCCCUCCCUUUGGAGCACAGUGCAG